AUGCCGUCGGACAAAGAGAAGCUCGAAGAGUUCCUCCAGGCUAACAGGUCUAUCAAGUACAUCCGCAUCCAAUGGAUCGACUACUCUGGCGUGCUACGCGCCCGCUUCGUCCCCAUCGAUCGAUGCCUCCGAAUCGCUAGCGGUGACGAAACCAUCUGCCUCGCCCAUAACAGCAUGAUUAUACCCAUCUCCACCGCCCCGCGACUCUUCUCUCUCAGCGACUACCACGAAACAUGGAUUCUGCGCCCUGAUUGGUCCUCCCUGCGUCGUUGCGGGUUUAAGGCCGGCCACGCGGCCGUCAUGAGCUUCGUCGACCAGAAGGAUGCCGAGACAAGGCUCUACAAGUGUCCGCGCAUGCUACUGGUCCAGGCUCUCGAACAACUCGAGAAGAAAUGGGGCGCCAAAGUCUUGAUAGGCUUCGAGAUCGAGUUUGUGCUUCUGGAUGAGUUCGACAGCGUCAUUAAGCCGAUAGAUCGGCUGGAUGGCUACUCGAGAACGGCUGGACUGCGAGCCGAAACGUUGGAUCUAGUUGAAGAGAUUGUUGAAGCCCUCGAGCAAUCUUCCAUCAGCAUUCACCACUUCCACGCAGAAAUCCAGGAUCAGCUAGAGAUUGCUCUUGCCCCCGAGCCCGCGCUGGAAGCCGUCGAUUCUCUUGUUCUGGCACAAGAAGCCAUUCGUGCGAUAUGCGUGCGUCGGAAACUCAAGGCGACCAUGACCCCGAAACCGACACUGGCUGGGCCGUUAAGCGGCCUGCACCUCCAUCUUUCCCUUCACAGGCUCGAACGCGCGGCGGCAGAUAACUUUCUUGCCGGCGUCCUCAACCAUAUGGGCUCGCUCUGCGCCUUUGGAAUGGCAAACUACGACAGCUACAUCGGCGACUGGCAUUGGGAGUUCCGCAUGAUGGACAGCACCGCAAAUCCCUACUUGUUCGCCGCGGCUGUUUUGCUUGCUGCUUUAGAUGGCCUUGAGAAGAAGACAGAGUUAGUUUGGAAGGAUUGCAAGUUUUUCCCACACUUGUUGGACAAGAGAAUGCGGGUUGAGUACGGAAUGGAUAAGAGCAUGCCAGCCACGUUCAAAGAGGCGUUGGAUUGUUUGAAGAGGGAUGCUGCUGUCGACACCUGGAUUGCCGAGGAGUUGCUGAGGUGGUAUAUCUCUGUCAAGGAUAAAGAGAUAGAGGAGUUCGGGAAGAUGACCGACGAACAGAGGCGACGUCGCUUCUUGGAGUACUUUUGA